GCUGAACCUUGAACCUGAACAUGAGGCGUCUGUCCCGGAGAAAAGCCUUGAGCUUGGUGAGGGAACUGGACGCCUUCCCCAAAGUGUCCGAGAGCUACGUGGAGACCUCAGCGUCAGGGGGAACAGUGUCGCUGAUAGCCUUCGGCGCCAUGGCUCUUCUGGCUAUCUUAGAGUUCUUUGUUUAUAGAGACACUUGGAUGAAGUAUGAAUAUGAAGUUGAUAAAGAUUUUUCCAGCAAAUUGAGAAUAAAUGUUGACAUAACAGUCGCCAUGAAAUGCCAGCAUGUCGGAGCAGAUAUUUUGGACUUGGCUGAGACCAUGAUCACAUCCAGCGGCCUGCAGUACGAGCCCGUUAUUUUUGAACUGACUCCACAACAGAGACGGUGGCAAAGGACGCUGCUUCUCAUUCAGAACAGACUGAGAGAGGAACAUGCUCUUCAGGAAGUGCUUUACAAAACUCUCCUCAAAGGAGGACCCACUGCCCUGCCCCCACGGGAGGACGCUUCUAUGGAGCCGCUUGAUGCUUGCAGGAUACACGGACAUGUUUACGUCAAUAAGGUGGCAGGAAACCUGCACAUCACUGUGGGAAAACCCAUUCAUCAUCCUCAGGGUCAUGCCCAUAUUGCAGCUUUUGUAAGCCACGAGUCGUACAACUUCUCCCAUCGAAUAGACCAUUUAUCUUUUGGGGAGGAGAUACCGGGCAUCAUCAAUCCUCUGGAUGGCACAGAGAAAAUCACCUUUAACAAUAAUCAGAUGUUCCAGUACUUCAUCACAGUGGUUCCAACCAGACUGAACACGUACAAGAUAUCUGCAGACACACACCAGUUUUCUGUCACUGAGCGGGAGCGGGUGAUAAACCACGCGGCGGGCAGUCACGGCGUUUCCGGCAUCUUCAUUAAGUACGACACCAGCUCUCUGAUGGUGACGGUCAGCGAGCAGCAUAUGCCGCUGUGGCAGUUCCUGGUGCGACUGUGCGGCAUUAUCGGGGGGAUCUUCUCCACCACAGGCAUGCUUCAUGGGCUGGUUGGCUUCUUUUUUGAUGUUAUCUGCUGUCGCCUCAAACUUGGAGUCUACAGACCCAGAGAGGACGUGCAACUACACAAUCAGAUGAACAGUCUAAACAAUCAUCAGACUCCUUUGUUGGCUGAAGAUGUCCCUCAGGAGUAGCUGGUUUUCACUGACCAGGCUUUAGGCCAUCACCAGACAUCUUCAGUACGUCAUUAAAUUU